AUGGCCCAACGAAUUCUCCUCGCCCUUCCGCUCCUCUCCGCCCUAGCAGGCUCGUCAUUGGCGCAGUCGACCACUGUCAUCGACCUCGUGAUCCCCCAGGUCGACCAGCAAACCAUCCUCGCCUCCGUCGUCAGUGUAGGCCCGACGGCAACCGAGUAUGCCCUCUCCUGCCCGACCAACGAAGACGACACCGAGUGCGGCCUAGGCGUUGGCUUCCUGGUGAGGGAGGGCCCCUCGACCAUGGAAUUCCACUUGACCUCGGGACCUGAAUUCACCGCGGCCGUGAGCUGCGUCCUCGUCGGCAACGACGCAACCUGCACCCAGGAUAUCACGGGGGAGUCGUCCUCGCACGAAGUGAACGUCCUAACCGACUACACCUCGUUCAGGGUCCCCGUGACCGUGACCGCCGGCGCCGAGCUCCUUUCCGGGUCCGGGUCCGGGUCAGGCUCCGCCGCCCCGACGACCUCGGGUUCGCCGUCCGGAUCGAAGGGGACCACAAAGUUGACCGGCACCGCCACCCCAACCCCCACGGCCACCGGGACCGGGGCCGGGGCCGGGGGUUCUAGCUCGAGCUCAAGCAAGGCUGGUGUUCCCAGGAUCACUCAGAACGCGGUCCUUGCUGGCGUCGCUGCCAUUGUAGGUGGUGUCGCCAUGAUCUAA